AUGCAUCAUUCAUUCAUUCAAGUUCAAAACGAAACAACAACGCCCGAGCAUAAACGAAGCGGCGGUAGCCGACUUCAUUCGGCGACUUUCGGCAAAACUCGGUAUCAGGCGGCGGUACCCGAGAAUGAACGAAGGCGGCAGCAAAGUGACAACAUGAAGUUGAAGCGCGUUAUGUACGGACGGUCGAUGACGUCAACGAAAGAAUCAACAACUCAUUCGCAGGAAGUGAAUGAUCAUUCGUCGUGUGAUGGCUAUGUUGGCAGCCAUAACGGCCCGCAUUUGACAGCAGCGUCAACGUCAAACUCUGAAAACAGCAACGGAGAGAAAUCAUCAUUCAUUGAUAAUUCUGGAAAGAGACUAGUCAAAUCCGCAGUCCCUGAUGAGGAAUGUGAUAAGAUCACAUUAGCUGACCUUAAUUUGGAACAAAGGAAUGUCAUUCAACAUAUUGCGGGUCCAUCAACUACUAAACAACCACUGUCUGAAAAUAUUCAGAAGACUAUAACUGUUCCAAAUAUAUUUGAGCCGGUUGCGGGUCCGUCAAAAUGUAUACAACCCCUGUGUGAGAAUGUGCAUUAUAAGACCAUUCCUGACAAAACUAGUGCUAUUCCUCAAGUAACUGAGAAUAGCAACCCUGUUGCUGCUGCAAAUCCAUCCACGAAAAACAAAAAAUGUCAAGACCUUUCAGAAAAUGAAAUUCAAAACCUCCUUCUGGACGUUCGUGAUGAAGAUGAAGUGUUUCUUGGGGAUGAAUUAGAAGAUGAACUGGAUGAAAUUAUUCCCGAUUUUUGCGAUGAACAGGUUCCUGUCGAAGAGGAUGGCUCUAACCAUGAAACAGAUCUUGAAAGUUCGGAAGAAGAAAUUGAAGAGGAUAUUGUCCAGGUUAGAAUCACAAAUUCUCCAGUAACAGUUCUUACAGUACCCGAAGUUUUGCGAGGUAAAGGAACAAAAAAGCAAAGAACUAGCGAAAAAUUUCUAUGGUAUGGGACUCAUCGCCGUUCCUCGCGUACUCCACAAAGAAAUAUAAUAUUUCAUGCACCAGGAAAUAAAGCUCUUGCUAAAUUUACUACCAGUGCCUUAGAUAGUUGGAAAUUAUUUUUUACGGAUGAGAUUUUGCAUAUGAUAGUAACUAAUACUAAUCUUGAGAUAUCUGAACAGCGCAAGAAGUAUAAGUCAGACAGGCAAAUAGCAUCUCAAAAUGAUGAUGAUGAUGAUAAUUCUGUUCCUACGAGUAUUCGACCUUCUUUUGUCCGAGAUGUAACCGUAACCGAAUUAAAAGCUCUCUUUGGCUUAUACUAUUUAGCUGGAGUUUUAAAAAUUAAUCACUUGUCUGUCAAAGAAAUAUUUGAUAAAAAUACGGGCAUCAACUAUUUUCGGUCUACUAUGAGUGAGAAAAGAUUCGAAUUUUUGACAAAUUGUCUUCGAUUUGAUGAUCGUUCGACAAGAGCUGAAAGAAGACAACAUAGUAAAUUGGCACCAAUAAAAAAACUGUUCGAUCACAUUGUUGAAACUUCAAAAAGUCUUUAUUCACCUUCAGAUUGCACAACGAUUGACGAGCAAUUACUUGAGUUUUGCGGUAGAUGCCCAUUCCGUAUGUAUAUUCCAUCAAAACCCGAUAAAUAUGGAAUAAAACUGUUAAUGUUUUGUGAUGCAAAAGCUUAUUAUAUGAUAAAUAGUAUAAUAUACACUGGAAAAGAUUCUACACCACGUGAAUUACCAGUGGCUGAGUAUUACGCAUUGGAGCUUUCAACUUCUAUUCAUGGGUCUAAUAGAAAUAUCACGUACGAUAACUGGUUUACUUCAAUCCCUGCUACCGAAAAACUCUUAAUCAAAAAUGUUACAACAGUUGGAACAAUGAAAAAAAAAACAAAACAGAAAUCCCUACUCAUUUUUUGGAAACCAAAAACCGCCUCAAUAACACAUCAAUGUUUGCUUUUCAUGACGAACUUACUUUGUUAUCAUAUGUGCCUCCAAAGCUAA